CUGAAGAAAUGGCUCGUUUCUUUAUGGUGCCAUACCACAUUUUUCUAGUUCUAGUGGCUCUAUCUACUAGUACCACCUUAACCAUUGCUUUUGUACCAUCAACACUGGUUGCUCCUCCUCCACUUCAGCCUAAAACCACCAUUCCUCCAGCACAGGCUCAUCUAAGAGCUCCAACAGUUUCUCCAUCAAAUUACAGAAAACCGAAGCCACUAACAUCCGCAGCAAAAGAAUUCCUUGCUGCCCAUAACAAAGCAAGAGCUGAAGUAAACGUAGCUCCAUUAAAAUGGAGCGACAAGUUAGCGCAUGACACCGAUAUGUUAGUGAGAUAUCAAAGGGAUAAGAAGAACUGUAGAUUUGCAGACAUGAGUUUGACUCAGUAUGGAAUGAAUCAAAUGUGGGCUAGUGGAAUGAGAGUAACACCAACUAGAGCAGUUGGGUUAUGGUUACAGAGUAAGAAACAUUACAGCUAUCAGAAAAAUACUUGUGCACCAAGACAUGAUAAUUGUGGUGUUUAUAAACAAGUUGUUUGGAAGAAAACAUUAGAAGUUGGUUGUGCUCAAGCUAAAUGUGGCAGAGAUGGUUCUACUAUCUCAAUUUGCUUCUAUUAUCCUCCUGGUAAUGUUAUUGGAGAACGGCCUUAUUAGAUUGGCAAUCGAUCUAAUCAGGUGUCGAAAACUGUCGAGAUUAUAAGAUUUUUCUUUUGGAGUUAAUGAGUUUCAUUAGAUCCUUAUCACUCUAGUGUUUGUACUUACUACUAGAACUAGCGUGUUUAUUUCAAGUAUAUAUUUUUGUAGCCGGGGUAAAUUAAGAAA